AUGAAUGUCGACCUCCUAGACUCUGAAAAUGAGCCUCGAGUCGGGCAGCAGUUUUUCAGUCGGCCCGAGAGCGCCCUGCGCUCUGCGUCUGGCGCCGGGGGGGAGGCGGCUGGAGGGGUUGGUCCCGGGCUCUGGCCCGUGAGGCCCGAGGCCCGUGGUGCCCGCAUGGCGCUGCAGAAGGGCGCCCAGGCGGUCAUAUUCGACAUCAGCGAUGACGCCAACGCCGCCGCCGAGCUGCGGGAUACGGACGUGUUCCGGCAGCCGGUCGUGUUGGUGAAGGCCAGGGACGCCGAGGAGCUGAUGGGACUGGUCAACAAGAACGAGGAGGCCAUGGUUGUCAUUGACAUAAACGUGGGAUCUAAGUGGCAGCACUCUGACGUGAGCAUCCUGCUCACCAUCGUGGUGGUCAUUCUCCUCGUCAUCCUCAUCUUUGCUUUCCGCUACAAGUGCAAGUCCACCAGAACCUGGGACUCGGUCCACCAGCAGACCAUGCGGGCCAUCAGCCGGCUGGAGACCAAGACCUACUGCUCCCAGAGCUGCGCGGGCUCCCAGCGCCACCGCGCGGCCUGGGGCUCCGCCAGCAGCUCCAACUCCAGCCCGGUCUGCGCCAUCUGCCUGGAGGAGUUCCAGGACGGGCAGCACCUGAGGAUCAUUUCCUGUGCUCACGAGUUCCACAAAGACUGCGUGGACCCCUGGCUGCUGCAGCACCGGACCUGCCCGCUCUGCAUGCACAACAUCAUGGGCUCCGAGCGGCAGCCCCAGAGGGGCAGAGCUCAGCAGAUCCCAGAGCAGAGCCAGGCCUUCCUGCACCCCCAGCCUUACGGCGGCCCCCACAACCACCCCUUCCCGCAGCACGCCGUCCCCUUUUCUCUGAGGCCCCACUACCCCCGCGGGCCCUCCGGACCCUACCCCAACCUCGGCCACUACAGCGGCUCCCCCCCGAUGGACGCUCAGGCCCUGCACUUCCUCAGUAGCAGGCAGCUGGGCGGGGGCUGCGGCUACCACAACUCCGCCGAAGGUCCCGGGAGGCCCCACCGACUGGGGGGCAACUGCAGGACUUCUGCCCACCACUACGCCCCCCGCCGGUCCUGCCACGCCUACCGCUCCGGCUGCGCCGCCCAGCGCAGCGCCUCCGGCUCCAGGCUGCAGCACGCCGCCGCCGCUGCGGCGGGGGUCCAGGGCCGGGGGCCGGCGCUCCACGGCCGGCAGGACGAGGGCAGCUGCUCGGGGGGCAGCUACCACACGGAGCGCAGCGGGUACCUGGCCGACGGGCCGGCCAGCGACUCCAGCUCGGGGCCCUGCCACGGCUCGUCCAGCGACUCGGUGCUGAACUGGACCGACGUGUCCCUGCAGGGCGUCUACGGCAGCUGGUCCACCUUCCGGAGCUCCCUGAGCAGCGACUGCGACCCGUUCGUGUACUGCGGGCCGGGCCCCGGGUGGCCCCCCCGCAAGGAUAGCCUGGAGGCGGACGCCCAGGCCCGGCCCAGGUCGCUGGACUCCGUGGUGAACAGGGCGGGCUGCCCGGAGGAGCCGCCGCAGACCGUCUUCAGCCACGUGCACUACCACCGCCACAGGCACCACCACUACGAGGACGGGGAGCACGGCCAGGGCCUGGGCAGGGGCUCCGACGAGGAGCAGGGGGCCGGCGCAGCUGCCGCGCCCCCCCCGGCUCCGGCGCCGGACAAAGACUCGCCCGUCUGCCCCCGGAAGCACAGCCCCUGCCACUGCCCCAAGCCGGAGCCCUCGGACCGGCCCGGCCCCGGGGCGGAGUGCCAGGACUGUGACCCCGCCGGCCCCUCGGGGCCCCCGGUCCUGGUGGCGCCCAUCCCCGUGCAGCUGCAGAGCCGCUGCUGCCACCAGGGCCACGGCCACCCCCCCGCCCCCCUGGGCCGGGUGGGGGGCUGCCUGCUGGACGGGCCCUCUGUCCGCUUCCACCAGAGCCUGGACGUGCCCGAAGACCACAGCAUCCACAUCCACUACGGCCAGGGCCCGGGCUUCUGCUGCUCCCCCCCCGAGCUGCACCCGGCCCUGCUGCCCGUGCCCCUCAUCCUGGACUCCGGGGGGAUGGAGGACUGGCCCUGCUGCGCCGGGGCGCACGUGGUGUGGCAGAAACGCGUGCAGCAGGCCCACUCGGAGCCUCAGCUCAUGGGACCCGGGUCCGCCCUGGACCGGCCGCCCUGCCGGUUCCACCAGGGGCCGGCCGGCGACCGCGGCGCUGACCUCUGUUUAUACUGCCAGUCAUUUCGCCACAGUCAGGGAUCAGAGGAGGAGUCCGGGGUGUGA